AUGGGGGAGCGCGGCCGCCGGGGCCCCUGAGACCCCGGCCUCCGCCAUGGAGCUGGAGCAGCCCGGGGAGCACCCGGAGCCGCGCGGCGCCGCCGCCGCCGGGGGCAAGGGGUCGCCCCGCAACGGAUUUUGUCGAGAGUCUUCCACAGAACAUGAUCCACCCCCUACUACAGAUGUCGAACAGAUGAGUUUCUCAUCUCCUGGGCUUCCUAUGAACUCUGUGGGCAAUGACCGGGUUGAUCAGCGAACCUGCCUUAUCUGUGGAGACAGAGCUACAGGUCUGCACUAUGGUAUCAUCUCCUGUGAAGGCUGCAAAGGGUUUUUCAAAAGGAGCAUUUGCAACAAGCGGGUUUACAGAUGCAGUCGAGACAAGAACUGUGUCAUGUCACGCAAACAGCGAAACAGAUGCCAGUAUUGCAGGCUGCUCAAGUGCCUCCAGAUGGGGAUGAAUAGGAAAGCAAUCAGAGAAGAUGGCAUGCCAGGAGGCAGGAACAAAAGCAUUGGACCUGUUCAGAUAUCAGAGGAGGAGAUUGAAAGAAUUAUGUCUGGACAAGAAUUUGAGGGGGAGGCAAACAUCUCUUGGAGUAACAAUGGAGACAGUGACCAUAGUUCUCCCGGGAAUGGAGUUUCUGAGAGCAACCAGCCAUCACCUGUUUCUACUCCGUCUUCAAGUAGGUCUGUGGAGCUGAAUGGAUUCACUGCACUCAGGGAUCAAUAUAUUGGGACUCCAGUGUCCACGCACUAUCAGUACCUACCGCACCUUUUUAACUACUCUGCUCACUCGGCUCUGAUGCCUCCACAGACCCGAAGCCUAGAUCCCCAGUCACAUAGUCUUAUCAAUCAGCUAGUGUCAGCUGAGGACCUGGAACCACUUGGCACUCCAAUGCUUAUUGAAGAUGGGUAUAAAGUGACUCAGGCAGAGCUGUUUGCGUUGCUGUGUCGUUUGGCAGAUGAGUUGCUUUUCAGGCAGAUUGCUUGGAUUAAGAAGCUGCCAUUCUUCUGUGAACUCUCAAUCAAGGACUAUACUUGCCUGCUAAGUUCCACAUGGCAGGAGCUGAUUCUGCUGUCCUCACUAACCGUUUACAGUAAACAGAUCUUUGGUGACCUUGCUGAUGUAACCUCCAAGUACUCUCCCUCUGACGAUGAGCUGCACAGAUUCAGUGAAGAGGGAAUGGAGGUGAUGGAACGGCUGAUCUACCUCUACCGCAAAUUUAACCAAUUGAAGGUCAGCAAUGAGGAGUAUGCAUGUAUGAAAGCCAUUAACUUCCUAAAUCAAGACAUUAGAGGCCUGACUAAUACAUCCCAACUGGAGCAGUUGAAUAAACGGUAUUGGUACGUGUGCCAGGAUUUUACAGAAUACAAGUACCCACAUCAGCCAAACCGUUUUCCGGAUUUAAUGAUGUGUUUGCCAGAGAUACGAUACAUUGCAGGAAAAAUGGUGAAUGUUCCUCUGGAGCAGCUGCCCCUCCUUUUUAAAGCCGUUCUGCAUUCCUGCAAGACAAGCGUGAGCAAAGAGUGAGCCUUCAUUGCCCCGAACCCAUGCCUUACUCUGGUGCUUCUGGUGGGGAACUGGCUCACGUGUGAAGAGAGAGGGGAGGAAAAACCAUGAUCAAGGCAGUAGGGAGCUGCUGAGACAGGGCACCAGGUAGCCCUGUCAUUGUAGCAAGAAUCUUUUUUUUUGUUUGUUUUUAAACUCUUUUCCUAUAUAUUUAUUUCACGACAGAGUUGAAUGUAUGAUCUUCAACACAGUGCACAUGGUUCUGUAUGAAUGCAGCAGAUGCAUUCUCUUGCAGUUUACAGAAUGUGAAGAUGUUUAAUGUUACAGUGUUUGUUAGGGUUAGUUCUUUUGUAUUUGGGGGACUGGGGGCCGAUAUGACUAAGACUACCUCAAUGAGAAGAUGCUGUUCACGUACUGAUCAUUCCAUGAUUCAUAUCCAGAGUGUUUGCCUAAAGAGCAAACUGCCUCUCUCCACUGGGAGAGCUGUUAGCAUCCCAAAUGCUGGAGUGCAUUGGAGGAGUGUGGGCAUUAGAGAAGUGCCGAGCUUCAAAAAAGAUAAGUGGGUGAGAAGGUGUUACACCAAAACCAGAAUUUGGGUCCCCCCAGAAUAGCCAGCCUGUUUAUUGUUAUAACCAAUCUGGUCUCAUUAAGUGUGGGUCUCCAGGGUGGCUAAGGGAAUACUUGGAGGACACACAUACAGCCAUGCAUAAGUUAUUGACACAAGAAGUGUUCCAAAACAAGGCACCUUUUAUUGAACAGUUUCUUGACAUAGUAACAAUCUAAACACACAUCCCUUAUAACAAGUUAAAGAGCACCUCAAACCACAUUGCCUUAUAGCUUGAAACAAUACUGAGUGGAUGCUCCCUGCUUCAGAUGGUCAGUCUGUCCCAGAUAGCUGACAGCCAUUUUGAGAUGUCCAUUAGUUUUUACACGUAUAAAUCCCUUUCACAGUCAACACACAUGCAUACAUCUAUAUUAACCCCCCUCUCACACACACACAUGCAAACACUAUACUAUGCUAUGCUAUAACUAUA